CCCCGAUUGAAGGCAUUGGUAGUUGUCAGCACGGAUUGGUUUGUCAUGGACCAACCAAAUUACUAACCCUGCUAAAUGCAAAAAAAACUCGAAACUUGGAAGUUUGAUUUCGAGCGCCGUGUCCCUGCGUUGUAAGGCUGAAAAAAUACUAGCUUCUUUUCCCCGAUGUGAGCUGCUGCGAGGAAACAUGAUCCGUCGACAAGCCUCGGCUAACGUUAGCUGAGGACUGUGUGAGUAAGCUAUGGAGCAGUACACCACUGCCACCACUACCACUGGGGAGCAGAUUGUCGUGCAGACUGCCAAUGGACAGAUCCAGCAGCAGACACAGGGCACAGUGACGGCUGUGCAGCUGCAAACAGAGGCGCCAGUGGUGACGGCCUCAGGCCAGCAGGUGCAGACACUCCAGGUAGUCCAGGGUCAACCCCUGAUGGUUCAGGUGAGCGGUGGACAGCUCAUCACGUCGUCAGGGCAACCCAUCAUGGUGCAGGCCAUGUCAGGGGGUCAGGGUCAAACCAUAAUGCAGGUCCCUGUAUCUGGAGCUCAGGGGCUACAGCAGAUCCAGCUGGUGCAGCCAGGUCAGAUCCAGCUCCAAGGUGGUCAGACUCUCCAGCUCCAGGGCCAGCAGGGUCAGCCUCAGCAGAUCAUCAUCCAGCAGCCCCAGACAGCCAUCACAGCAGGACAGAACCAGGGCCAGCAGAUCAGUGUGCAGGGCCAACAGGUGGCACAGACGGCCGACGGACAGACCAUCGUCUACCAGCCUGUCAAUGCAGAUGGCACCGUCCUGCAGCAGGGAAUGAUCACAAUUCCAGCUGCCAGCUUGGCCGGUGCCCAGAUUGUACAAGCAGGGAGUGCAAACACCAACACCACCAACAGCGGCCAAGGCACUGUGACCGUCACCCUGCCCGUCUCCGGCAACAUGGUCAAUGCAGGUGGAAUGGUCAUGGUAAGACCUUGUGCAGAGAUGGUUCCUGGAGGCGGCGGCGUUCCCACGAUGCAGCGUAUCCCCCUGCCAGGGGCCGAAAUGCUCGAGGAGGAGCCUCUGUACGUCAACGCCAAACAGUACCAUCGCAUCCUGAAGCGAAGACAGGCCAGGGCCAAGCUCGAGGCUGAGGGCAAGAUCCCCAAAGAAAGAAGGCAGAAAUACCUACACGAGUCUCGCCAUCGCCACGCGAUGCAGCGCAAGCGAGGGGAUGGAGGACGUUUCUUUUCCCCUAAGGACAAGGAGGAAAUGGCUCUGGCCUUGGCACAACAGCAGCAGGAAGUGGCCCAGGGGACAGAUGAGACAGUGGCUCAGAUGAUCAGAGUCUCAUAGCACUGUUGUCUGGACUCUACCACACCCGAGACUCUUCAUCCCAUCCAACCAUCUGCCGCGGCCUCGCCAUCCACUCUUACCCUCCACCAAACCACAACGCUGCCACUGGGAGUUUUCUGUCAUCUCUCUACUCCUAAACUGGUCUUCCAGGGAGCCCGUGGACUGCUGAGGUCGUCUUCAUCCAAACGGAAGAUGCUAUCAUGCUCAGUUUAUCUGGCAGAAAACUUUUUAUUUUUUGUUUUCGUAGGGUUUGUUUUUGGACAAUAAUGAAAAAGGAAUCUUUUUUUUUUUUUUGUGUGUAACCAGGACCAGUCACACAGAGGAAACGACAGCCAUGACGCCAUACUCUGUCAUAAGCUGGUGUGUUAAAAAUAUGAAAGUUUGUCGUCGGUGAUUAAUUUUUGCUUUAAAUAUUUUAUGUAAAUGGUAGCUGUUUUAUUUUUUUUUUUCAGAGACGUUUGUUUAGCGUUAAUGCUACACUGCUGUUGUAUAUCUUUUGUGAUGCCCCUCGUUUUGAAUUUUUAUUUUUUUCGACCCCGUACCGUAGGGGUGGACUCAGCAGAUUAAGUCCAGCCUGAGUCCUAAUGUGAAGAUGUUGUACAGAGUCUUUUCUUCCCCAGUGUUUUUGGAUAUAUUUACGAAUUUGCCCAGUUCUGUGGAUGCAUUUUAUACAGUAAGUAGUCAUUGUUUGUAGUAAAAAAAAAAAAAAAGUUCAGUGGUACACCACAUUACACACUAUCCAUGUAGUUGCUUCAUCAGUGAGUCCACCUGUUUUUCAUUGUAGAUAAAUGAAUUAUUUUUUUUUUUUACCCAUCAGAUGCAGUCCUGCAAUGUUAUUUUUUUUAUAAUGAAAAAAAGAUUGGACUUUGCAUUCAUUGAAUCUAUGUCAAUUAAAUUUUAUUAAGAGACUCGA